GAUUCCCAGUGUUGUGAUGGGUCGCCGGCCACUGGUUGCCUUUCCGGGCCCGCAGGCAGGACACCGGAAGGAGCUCCCGAGCCCGUGACCCUGCAGCGGAAGUGCAGGCCGAACGUCGGCGAGAAGGAUCGCGGCCUCCUUAACUAAUCUCUAAUCUCAGACCUGCGGCUCUUCCUCAAGGGUUGGGACCCAGAAAAAGAAACUGUCUAGCCAAGGAGACCAUGCUUGAUGGUGCUUCCAGACACCAUGUCAACACUGUGCCCUCAGUUGCUGGUGGCAGCUGCACAGCAGACCUUGGGCAUGGGAAAGAGAAAGGGUUUACCUCGAUCUACCUGUCUCCAUCUAGCUGGAGAGGUACUGGCUGUGGUCCAGGGGUUGAAGCCUGCUGUACUUUAUGAUUGCAACUCUGCAGGAGUAUUGGUGCUUCAGAGCUAUUUGGAGAAGCUGCAGGAACUGGGCUUCCUGGCCUCAGGACUUCACAUUCUUGACAUUGGAGAGAACAGCCUAAUUGUGGAUCCUAAGCAAGCAUGUCAGCAUUUGGAGCAGGUGCUCCUUGGGACCAUAGCCUUCGUGGAUGUUUCCAGUUCCCAGCCUCACCCUUCUAUCUGUUCCUUGGACCAGCUUCAGAAUGUGAAGGCUCUUGUGACCGAGAUCAUCACACAUCUGCAGGGGCUGCAGAAAACCCCAUCCUUAGCAGCCUCCCACAGCAGGCUCCAUUCCUCACAGUGGAAUCUCUGUACUGUAUUUGGCAUCCUCUUGGGCUACCCUGUCUCUUAUACUUUUCAUGUGAACCAAGUUGAUGACAACUGUUUAGCCCUGACUCCAUUACGAGUAUUCACUGCCCGGAUGUCAUGGCUGCGAGAUCAAACCCCAAUCUUGCUCUAUUCCUUUAGUAUCCCGGAGAGAUUGUUCCCAGCUUUGAGUGGUAUUCUAAAUACCUGGGAGAAGGAUCUCAGAACUCGAUUUAGGACUCAGGAUGACUUUGCUGAUCUUAGAAUCUCUUCUGAGAUAAUCACACUGCCAGCUGUGGCCCUCUGACUUUAAUUCUCCUUCCAUGUAGAAGGUAUUUAGUCAACAAUCACCUCUGGCUUAUCAGUGUCAAAUAAGACU